AUGGACGCUAGUUUCCCGGAAACAUACGAAGAGGCAGCCAACCAGGACGAAGAUCCUGGUGCAUUUCACGAAGCUGUACAUGAGGACACUGGGCUAGGCCAGUGGGAGAGGAUUUGUCCCAGUGCAGGUGAUAUUUUUAGUCCCAGAACAAUUCAACGCCAGAUAUCGAGUUUGAAAACGGAAUACAGGAAGAUUGAACCUGCCUCCUCCUUGCUAUCGGCACCAUCUUCCCCAGAACCCUCUCCAUCUUCGCCCGAAAGCUCGUCCGCAGCCGCAUUUCGUGAUGCACCUACUAGCACCGACAUCCCCGUUGACGAGUUUACAAGCACAGAGGCUAGUUCUUCACGGGUGAAGAAGCGUAAGGCGAAGGAUACCCACCCAAAGACUUCCGAGCCCGAGAAGCCUCGGCUGGAGGCAACGCCAAAGAAGAAGGCCGAUAAGAGUGCGAUGUAA